CUCCGCCUUCAGAAAUGGCCUCUCUAAUGGCGACUCGACGCGCUCGAAGCCCCGCCCUAAUCUCCUCCAUCUUCAACAACAAGGUACGCCCUCUCCACCCUUCUCACGCAUUUCACUUCCACCCAAACAACCCUCACCCCCUAACCUUCACCAAAACCCUUACCUCCUCCGCCGCCCCAAACCACUACCCAGGUGCUCCUCCGCCGCAGCAAACCCCACCCUCCGAUCCCAGAAACUUCAACCCUAAUCCUAAUCCUAAUCAGUGGAGCCCACAGAACCAGGGCUACGGAAACCCUAAUUCGCAGCAGACCCAGAGACCUGGGUUUAACAAUUACCAGGGUCAGCAUCAGUGGAGUCCUCAGGCUCAGGGCCAGAGCUACCCUCAGCACCAAAACCCUAAUCCAUUUCCGAAUCAGAAUCAGUGUUAUCCACCGCGUGGAAGCCCUAAUCAGUGGAGCCAAAACCCCAAUCCCAAUUAUCAGCAACCACCCAGAAGCCCGAAUCAAAAUCAGUGGAUUGAGAAUCAAAAUCAGGAUCAAGGGCACCCCCAAUAUGGAAACCCUAAUCAGAUGAACCCACCAAGUCCCAAUUUUCAGCAACCCAGAAACCCAAAUCAGUGGAAUAAUCAGAAUCAGAAUCGGGGAUAUCCCCAAUCUGGAAACCCUAAUCAGCGGGCCCCUCAGGGACCUAACCAGUGGAGCAACAACAAUGGGGUUCGGGUGGAGAAGGAAUCCGCCGCAGUGGUUUUGCCGCCUUCGGUUGACGAUUUAAGGCGGCUGUGUGAGGAGGGGAAGGUGAAGGAGGCUCUUAAGAUGAUGGAGGAAGACGGGGUUAAGGCCGACCCUGAUUGCUUCCAGCAUUUGUUUAAGCUGUGUGGGGAUUCGAAGACGUUUGAGAAUGCGAAGAAGGUUCAUGACUUCUUUCUGCAGUCGACGUGUAGGAGCAGCCGUGACUUGAGCCAUAAGGUGAUUGAGAUGUAUGGAAAGUGUGGGAGCAUGACCGAUGCGCGGAGAGUGUUUGAUCACCUGGUGGAGAAGAACAUUGAUUCGUGGCAUUUGAUGAUUAACUGGUAUGCGGAGAAUGGGUUGGGUGAUGAUGGGUUGCAGAUGUUUGAGCUGUUGAGGGAGCAGGGGUUGAAGCCUAAUUCCGACACUUUCCUUGCAGUUUUUGCAGCUUGUGCUAGUGCAGAUGCUGUGGAAGAAGCAUUCUUUCACUUUGAUGCAAUGAAAGAAGAGUACGGAUUUGAUCCAGAAAAGAAACAUUAUUUGGGGAUACUAGGUGUGCUUGGAAAAUGUGGUCAUCUACAUGAAGCAGUGGAUUACAUUGAGAAACUCCCAUUUGAGCCCACAGUGGAAGUUUGGGAGGCUUUGUGGAAUUUUGCUCGGAUCCAUGGAGAUAUUGAUCUUGAAGAUCAUGCUGAGGAGUUAAUGGUUGCUGUUGAUCCAUCAAAGGCUAUUACUAAUAAGAUCCCAACUCCUCCACCAAAAAAACGUACUGCUAUUAGCAUGCUUCAUGGGAAAAAUAGAAUCACCGAGUUCAAAAACCCCACAUUAUACAAGGAUGAUGAGAUGUUAAAGGCUAUCAAUUCGAUGAGAGGAGGAGGUUAUGUUCCUGACACGAGAUAUGUUCUUCAUGACAUUGACCAGGAGGCAAAGGAGCAAGCCUUGCUCUAUCACAGUGAGCGUUUGGCCAUUGCAUACGGUCUGAUUAGUACACCAGCAAGGACACCGCUUAGGAUCAUAAAAAAUCUUCGUGUUUGUGGUGACUGUCACAAUGCCAUUAAGAUCAUGUCAAAGAUUGUUGGAAGGGAAUUAAUUGUUAGGGACAAUAAACGUUUUCAUCAUUUCAAAGAUGGAAAAUGCUCUUGUGGGGAUUAUUGGUGAGUAAAAUGUCACCUGAGGACCUUUCUAAAGAGAUGUGCACCCCAGUUGCUGAGUGGUGUGUAAAAUGUAUCAAGAAUGCCGGGCAAUAUAUGGGAUACUCUGAAGAUAGAUGAGCAUUGCUGGUACUAAUUGGUUGGAGUUGAACUAUCCACUUCUAGUUUUUGGCAUAUAUUAUUGUGCGAUAUAUGUAAUGCCAGCUUGUUUUGACAUUGGGUCUGAUAUAUGUCAAAAUGCCAAAACUUUUUUUCACAUCCUUUUCAGCUUAUGGCUUUAUCUUUCUAUGAGAUUAUUACCUUUGGUUGAUGGCGUCUUAAAUUUAUAAGAAGGAUACUUUUUUUUUUCUUCUGAAAGAAUUAGAAGGAUACAUUUAGAUACAUCAUUAUUGUUAAUGUAUUCAUUCUUUUGGUAUAUGGCAGAGCAUUUGUUUUUGUCAACUGAGUAUUAAUUCAGCAUGGACAAUUUGCCUAUUGUAUACUUGUAUCAUGUUUGUGUUCUGUGCCACCUGCUCUUGAAUCUGAUCACCAUAUUUUCUUUGAGUGCGGCUGGCUUUGGUGUGAGAGAUUGGUCUUAUUUGUUGAGCAAGUGUGGCAUUUGUUGGUUGAGGGCUUAAUGCUAUUAGUGGGCACUGGGCAGCAGGUCAACAGCCAUCCACAUGCUUAACUGUGUCUGCCAGAUCUCCUGAUCUUGUGCAUGUAAUUUGUUAUGGGAACUAUCUUUGUGACCAAAGCUUCAUUUGAUUGUCCUAAAACCUAUCAUUCCACACUGUCUACACUAG